AUAGGAAGGUGUGUUGCAGAACCCGAAAUUUUAAAAAUAGGGAACUAUUAAACGGGAUGGCGCCUAGAAAUACGGUAGUUUCCGGGUGAAAACGGGAGCUUGCUCAUAUUUACAGGUAUGCUUAUACUUGGCUCAAUACAGCAGUUGUCUCACUUCCAUGCCACAUUGUACUUUGGCCAACAGAUGGCGACAUAGAGGACCCGUAUGCAAAUUGUGUUACAGCUGCAACCUUGCAGAACUUCAAACCGAAUCCAGAGUUGUUGUUUUUUAAACAAAAUCAAAUCAACACUUUGUUUAGCUUUGCUCUGGAGCCAGACGUGCGUUGAAGCCAUUUUGGGAGGUAGCGUAACAGGUUAUGCAAGAAUUGGUCAAACACCGCCCAUCAGGUGUUUUUUGUUCGGAGAAGUGGCUCAAUAGACGAUUGGAGUGUAAGCGAGUUUCACUUCAGGGAUCUUUCUUUACUGUACCUCGACCACCCGUGGGAGCCUACAUGCCUGCCAUCCAUAAACCUUCCCCAAGGGACUGUCGAAGUUGAGAAAGCAUCGAUGUUUUUCCGUCUCGCGUGUCGGACAUGGCCUCUGCUUCUCCUGGGAGGGUUUGUGCUGUCAGGAGUGCCUCGUGUCUCAGGUAUUGAGAUCUAUGCUCCCACUGAAGUGGAAGCGGUUAACGGGACCAAUGUCAAACUCAAGUGCACCUUCCGCUCCAGUCACCCCGUGUCAACCCAGUCCGUCAUAGUGUCCUGGAACUUCCGUCCACUGAAUUCCAAAAGAGAGGAGUCGGUGUUCUACUACCAGGAGAUACCCUACCCACCUCAGAACGGACGUUUUAAAGACCGCGCGGUGUGGUCAGGAGAUGUUACAAGAAAUGACGCCUCCAUCACCCUGCAUGAGGUGCCCCCAACCUUUAAUGGCACGUACAUCUGCAACGUACGCAACCGUCCAGAUGUGCACGGCAGCAACAGAGAGACCAACCUCAGAGUUGUCAGCAAAGCCUCGCUCUCAGAGAGCACAAUCCUGCUCAUCUCAAUUGCCGGCGGCUGCGCGCUAAUACUGCUCCUCCUCGGAAUCUUCGUGGCCGUGAAGUACAAGAGGAAGAAGAGGAGGGGGGAGGACAUGGAGAUGCGCACCCGGGAGCCCGAGCGCAAGGACCCGACCGUGUGUAAACCCGAGGAGGCGGUGCAUCUCACUCUUGUCAAAGAGAAGAAGCAAGUGGAGAGCUCAGAUGAUGAAGAGUCUGAGCCCAGCAGCGGCGAUGACGAUGAAGAGGAGGACGGAAGUGAAGAAGAUGACGAUGAUGAUGACGACGAUGAUGAUGAUGAUGACGGCGAUGAUGAUUAAAUGUGACACAGCAGCCGUCGCAUUACCCCACCGCACCCUUGGUUAUUAAUUAUUGCCUCCGCCGUUUUGAUCACCGUUUGUUUACGCAAAAAGAGACGAUUUCGGUGCCUGGCGAAGAGCCCGUCAUCCGAAUAUAGUUAUACUUUGACUUUACGCUUUUACCGUGUACUUGCAUUGGGGCCAAGUGGGGCAGUGACCCAGAUCCAGCAGAUGUCCUGAAUGGAACAGGAUGGCAUUGCACGUCAGACGGGCAUGUGUCAGAUGGUGUCAGUUGUAGUUGUAGUUGUGUUAUGGAUUGUUGUGCGUCUGUUCAAGGUGACGCUUUUCUUCUUUAGCUUCAAUUACUCGCUGCUGCUGCUGCUGCUGCUGCUGCUGCUGCUGGGCCAGUGCUGUGUGAUGAAUUUGUCAUAUUACAACUAACAAGCAGAGGCAGUGGAGCUUUGGCACCUCGUACCAAUGCAUACAGUGUUUUUGUAUACUGCUGCCACUUUGCACUUACUAUGAGCACCGUCAUAGAUGAGUUCAACACUGCACUAAGAAAUAACAUUCAACUUUCCUACUUUCCAAUGCUGCUGCAAAUUGACAAUUGUUCUUCCACAAAGCAAUACUUUUUUGUACGUUGGUAACAUUGCACACAUCAUUUUGUAUUUUGAGUUUGUACAUACCAUAGUGUUAGGUAGAGCUUCUCCCUU